CGCAUGGCCUAAGCUAGCCAAUUUCGCUCUGGAAAACGCCUACAAGUGUGAACGGGGACUGGAUAAACAGUUUUCAUACUGUACUGUCUUUGAUGUAAUGCAUCGGGAACUACAGUGCCUGUAAAUUUGUCAGGAGUGGAGCUGCUAUUGACUACUACAAUGUAGCACGAGGGGGCGCUGUUUGAGCGUACGAUAUUUUUCCUAGAGAUUUCCAGUGGGAGUGUUCUUAUGUCAACCCCUCUCCCGCCUGACACCGACGGAUUUGUCCUUAUUCAAUUCGGAUAGUGUGUAGCUAGUAGUAGUAAGAAGGUUACGUUCAUGGUUUCUAACUUAAAAUCUUCAAAAAACAUCGCCCGUGAAAACGGCAGGCGUCGGUACCGGUUUUAAUUCUGCGGAGAAAUCACUGCACGCUGGCGGAGGUUCCUUUGCACAGGUGAAACAACCAUUUUCCGCAUUGGUGGAGGAUUGCAUUGGGAUAUCAUCAGCUGAACGGGUCGAUAUUGGUGUGACUGACCCGGUCAGGAGCCUACUGCCCUGAGAGGCUCUCUGGAUCUCUGCCUCCUCCUCUCAGGCUGCGUCCCCCACCCCCACCCACCCGGGCCUGCGCUACAGUACCCCCUCCCCCACCCCACCGUGGGACUUUGGAGCAUCAUCCUAGCCUAGCAGUGAGGGAUACUAGACCCUGGAACACGUUAAGACUGCUAAGUGAUGAGUGAGUUCUGGUUGUGUUUCAACUGCUGUAUUGCAGAGCAGCCCCAGCCGAAGCGGCGGAGGCGCAUCGACAGGAGUAUGAUCGGGGAGCCCACUAAUUUUGUCCACACAUCCCACGUGGGAUCGGGAGACAUCUUCAGUGGCAUGAACUCGGUGAACUCCAUUCAGAACCAAAUGCAGUCAAAGGGUGGAUACGGCGGAGAGGCCAUGCCUGUGAAUGUGCAGCUGCAACUGGUGGACACAAAAGCAGGAUAACAUGGAGGGGCUGCUUCACAGUUCCUUCAUGUUGAUGUUUUUCAUCCUGGUCCCCAUCAUGUCUGCCUUCAGUGACUGUUUCCCUAAUCCUCCCUCCCCCAUAUUGGACUAGGGGAUGAUGUUCGCCUCCUCUCGUCCUUCCGCUCUGUCUGUCCCCCUUUGCUCCUCCCAAUGAGCCCACUAUCGACCCCCCCGUCCCCCUCUCCGCCCCAGCCAUCUCAACUCUCCUCGCGCCACAAAUACAUGGACAGUUUUUCUCACGCCAUUGGAAUGAGGCUGCUCCCCCUCUGCCUGUCUGUCUGUUCAUCCGCCCAUCUCCCACGGAGGACGACAGUCAAAAGGACAGCAGCGCUUCAGUUUUAGUGUACCUCACCCUUCCAACUUAAGCCAGACGCAAAAAGCAUGAUCCUCAUCUCUGCAAGUUCAAAGUGUAAAACGCUUUUUCUCUUCCAUGUGAGAGUUAAUUUUUUUUGGGGGGGGGGUUGUCAAUUCAGUGUUUAAAGGUCUGGAACCUACAAUUACAAAAUGUAGAUUUUUGUUUUAUUUUUUAUUAUUAACAUAUUUCUUUUUAUAUAUAUAUAUAUAUAUAUAUAUGUCUGGUUUGGCGGUCAGAAUGGUGGGUGACCACGUUUGUGAAAAGUGGCUUGCUAUGGCCCUUUGGUGCCAAAAUGUCUGUAGCGCGUAUGAAAUGAUAUGUUUUCUGCUGACAAGGUUGUUUGUUAUUAUGUUGUUGUUUUUUGACUGGCUCUAGUGAAUUCCACUCCAAUAGGAAAUGUGAUUGUUACUUCGCUGUUGUUUACAUCGUUCCAGUUCCCAUUCUUUGUCUUUAUUUUCAUGAUAAUUGUUCAAUAGAACAGUAACGGAUGUUGAAAUGGCAUGAACUGGCAUUUCACUCGACAUUCUACUGUAAAUGUUUUGGUAAACUUGAUUUCAAUAAGCCUGGGCUAUAUGAGUAUAUUCUGUGCAGUAAAAUGUAAAGACCUUUAGCUAUGUGGUACAAUGCUGGCUACUGGUGUUACAAUGCUGGCUACUGGUGUUACAAUGCUGGCUACUGGUGUUACAACGCUGGCUACUGGUGGUACAGCGCUGGCUACUGGUGGUACAGCGCUGGCUACUGGUGGUACAGCGCUGGCUACUGGUGGUACAGCGCUGGCUACUGGUGAUACAGCGCUGGCUACUGGUGAUACAGCGCUGGCUACUGGUGAUACAGCGCUGGCUACUGGUGGUACAGCGCUGGCUACUGGUGGUACAGCGCUGGCUACUGGUGGUACAGCGCUGGCUACUGGUGGUACAAUGCCGGCUACUGGCGGUACAAUGCCGGCUACUGGCGGUACAAUGCCGGCUACUGGCGGUACAAUGCCGGCUACUGGCGGUACAGCGCUGGCUACUGGUGGUACAAUGCCGGCUACUGGCGGUACAAUGCCGGCUACUGGCGGUACAAUGCCGGCUACUGGCGGUACAAUGCCGGCUACUGGCGGUACAGCGCCGACUACUGGCGGUACAGCGCCGGCUACUGGCGGUACAGCGCUGGCUACUGGCGGUACAAUGCUGGCUACUGGUGGUACAAUGCUGGCUACUGGUGGUACAAUGCUGGCUUCUGGUGGUACAAUGCUGGCUUCUGGUGUUACAAUGCUGGCUACUGGUGUUACAAUGCUGGCUACUGGUGUUACAAUGCUGGCUACUGGUGGUACAAUGCUGGCUACUGGUGGUACAAUGCUGGCUACUGGUGGUACAAUGCUGGCUACUGGUGGUACAGCGCUGGCUACUGGUGGUACAGCGCUGGCUACUGGUGGUACAGCGCUGGCUACUGGUGGUACAGCGCUGGCUACUGGUGGUACAGCGCUGGCUACUGGUGGUACAGCGCUGGCUACUGGUGGUACAGCGCUGGCUACUGGUGGUACAGCGCUGGCUACUGGUGGUACAGCGCUGGCUACUGGUGGUACAGCGCUGGCUACUGGUGGUACAGCGCUGGCUACUGGUGGUACAGCGCUGGCUACUGGUGGUACAGCGCUGGCUACUGGUGGUACAGCGCUGGCUACUGGUGGUACAGCGCUGGCUACUGGUGGUACAGCGCUGGCUGUAGUUCUGGUGGUAAGGCUACUGGUGUUUAAGGACUAGGUUCUGGUGGUUAAGGACUAGGUACUGGUGGUUAAGGACUAGGUACUGGUGGUUAAGGACUAGCUACUGGUGGUUAAGGACUAGCUACUGGUGGUUAAGGACUAGCUACUGGUGGUUAAGGACUAGCUACUGGUGGUUAAGGACUAGCUACUGGUGGUUAAGGACUAGCUACUGGUGGUUAAGGACUAGCUACUGGUGGUUAAGGACUAGCUACUGGUGGUUAAGGACUAGGUACUGGUGGUUAAGGACUAGCUACUGGUGUGGGUAACAUAAUCUAUAAAGCAUUCAAUGUUGCGAUCUGGCAGCGAGGCGAACCCAAACUCGAAGUUGUCUGUAAAAGCUUGACCAUGUGGCUGAGUUCAUGAACUUCAUACACAUUCUAAGAGUAAAGAAUAAGUUAUCAAAGAGAAUGUUAUUAUUUGUCUAUGAAAUGACUUGGGGUCAUUGAAGAUGCCUAGACAACUCCAAUGUUUGUGCAAAACAAAGGACAGUAUGAUUACCAUUGACACACAGGUUGACAUCCUACUGUUUAGCUCCAAGACAUUUUGUUCAGGUUGAGGCAUAUUUUCCAUUAUUUUAAACAUGACGUGUGUAUGAUAUUGCACUGGUGUAGUCUCUAUGGUCUAGGGUAGGAUAGGGUGUAGUCUAUGGGUUGGGGUUGGAUAUAUGGUGUAGUCUAUGGGUUGGGGUAGGAGAGGGUGUAGUUUCUAUGGUUUUGGGUAGGAUAGGGUGUAGUUUGUAUGGGUUAGAGUAUAAUAGGAUGAAGUUUCUGUGGUUUAGCAUAGGAUAGGGUGUAGUCUCUGUGGUUUAGCAUAGGAUAGGGUGUAGUCUCUAUGGGUUAGGGUAGGCUAGGGUGUAGUCUCUACGGGUUAGGGUAGGCUAGGGUGUAGUCUCUACAGGUUAGGGUAGGCUAGGGUGUAGUCUCUAUGGGUUAGGUGUAGGCUAGGGUGUAGUCUCUAUGGGUUAGGUAUAGGAUAGGGUGUAGUCUCUAUGGGUUAGGGUAGUCUAGGAUGUAGUCUCUGUGGGUUAGGGUAGGAUAGGGGGUAGUUUCUAUGGGUUAGGGUAGGCUAGGGUGUAGUCUCUAUGGGUAGGAUAGGGUGUAGUCCGUAUGGGUUAGGGUAGGAUAGGGGGUAGUUUAUGGAUUAGGGUAGAAUAGGGGGUAGUCUAUGGGUAGGAUAGGGUGUAGUCUCUGUGGGUUAGGUGUAGGAUAGGGUGUAGUCUAUAGGUAGGAUAGGGUGUAGUCUCUGUGGGUUAGGUGUAGGAUAGGGUGUAGUCUAUGGGUAGGAUAGGGUGUAGUCCGUAUGGGUUAGGGUAGAAUAGGGGGUAGUCUAUGGGUAGGAUAGGGUGUAGUUUAUGGAUUAGGGUAGGAUAUUUUAAGAAUUUUAAUAAGUUGUAGAAAAUAUUUGAAAAAUCGAAAAUGAAGUCUUCAAAAUGUCCUUUAAUUAAUCAAAUUAAUCAUUUGUUUUCAAUUGAUACAUCUUGAUGCCUCUGUCAUGGUUGAAAAUGUAAAUAAUGAAAUAGGGGUUUGGUUCACUUAUUUGGAUUAAAACUAAUACCAGUGUUGAUGAGGAAAGAAGAGUCACUGGCCUGGAACCCAUCUGAUAAAAGUAUCACACUGAUUGUUGUUGGUCCUUCCCUCAAGUGCUUUGUUUGUAUAUAACGUAUUCCUUGUGUGUCACAACCUGAGGUAUUCUAAUUUAUUGUUUGUCUUUUGUUACUUAUUUUGUACUCUAGUUUCUUUCAGAUUGAUUGGAAUGUUCAACCCCCCCCAAAAAAAAUCCCCAUAUGAUAAAUAAUUGUGGUAAUAUUUAUUCACCAUUAUUAGAAAUGUACUGGACUUGGGGGCGGGGGAGAAAAGUUUUCCCAAAUACUAAGUCUAAAUGAGAAUGUCAUAGAAUGUUUUGUGACAACUGAAAAGCACAAGAGUGUGUGUGUGUGUGUGUGUGAACGAUAUGAAGUUUGCAAUACAAUGAGUGUCGGCCAAAGUGGUAUUGACCAGGGUACGUCAGUCAGCAUGAAUCUACUCUCAGCCAAUGCUCACCACAAAUGAAUUUCAACAUCAGGGAAUUCACUCUGCUCAGUAAUGUUAAUUUUUGUUUGUUUUACAUAUCUGAUGUGUGUUGUUUUUUUUGUACACUUCCAUCCCUCAUGAAUUGACAUCCAGUGUUGGCUUGUAGAUUACCAAAUGUCUUCGGUUUAAAUAAAUAUUUUUUUUCCAUGUUA